CACUGCUAUCAAAACUUCAAGCCUCUGGCUAGAAGCCCUAUGUUCCACUGGGAACGUAAAGGAAUAAAAUGAACAAAUUAUGGUUUGAAUGAAAUGUUUAUUUUCCUUAAUUCUUUUUUUCUCUUUUUCUAGUUGAAGAAACAAUAUACAGAACGACGUCGUCGUGCAUGUAUUACAGACAAAAUGAAUGCAUUACACAAUUUGGCUAUGAAAUUAAUCGGAGAGGAUGUAAGUCCAAUAAAAUAUUCUAAAAUGGAGAAAAGUGAUAUCCUUGGAAUCUGUUAUACUGUAUUUGAAGGAAUCUCGAGAAUUUUGAAGGAAAGGCCAGAACUACUGUCCCGUUUGCAUAAAUUAACCUCAAGUUGUCUUGAGACGAAGGAUUCAAGAAACAGUCCACAGUCUACAGAUACAGUUAGCCUUCAGUCAAACAGUCCAAUUUCAUCAACGAGAUCUGAUUACAAAGCUGAACGUCAAGAAAAUCAAUUGGUUUAUCCUCUUGCAACCAGUAUCAUUCCUUCACAAAUAAAAGAGUUGAACCAAAAUCCAUCCAAUACUUCAUAUGAACACUCAAUUGAAAGUUCAGACUUUUGUACAAAGAUGGAUACAAGACUAAGAAGUCCCCUUAAGAUGAAUACUUCAGAGUUGUUUUCUUGCUGUAUUCAACCAAUUAAUAAGAAAGCUGAUUUUCUAUGUAAUAAAUCCUCCAAACCUCAUACCUUUCGAUUACCAUUAAAAUAUCGUUGGUCACAAAUGAAAAAUCAAAAUAUAUUCAAAGUUGAAGAUAAGAAUGAUUACAAUUCCACCAGUCAACAGAAUUUAUCGUGUAGAAUCAAUGAUCGAUUUAUUUUUGAACCCAAAUGCCCUAAAUUCAUUGAUGAUCAUGAUCUAGUUUCAAACCAAUGGGGUAGUGUUACUGAUGAUCAAAAAGAAAAUAUUCGACAGAUUAUUAGUGAACAAAAUGUUUGGCGACCAUAUUUAAGCUGAAUGUGUUAUUUUUUUGCAAUUUUAUCCAUCUUAUGUACAGAACAGAUUUAUAAAGCUUAUUUAUUUAAUUAUCAAAUUUAUUUUUGUAAAGUGAUUUUCAUUCAGAUGAAUUAUACAGUCGUAUUAUCCAGACUUGACUUAUGACGAACCU